AGAGCCAGUUUCUCGCAGCAUCGAGUCGAGCCGGCGGCGUCGAGGCGCCCCUUCAGUAUGAAGCCGACGACCGUGCCAGCUGCAACCGCCUGCACCUGUCGUCUCCUCUAUCGCGACAACUACGCUCGUCGUUCGCUCGGAUGAUCUCUCGUCGAUCCUGCACUCGUUCGACAUCGAUACCCCAUGGAUACCCCGUGCUUCUCGCGGCUCCGAUUUCGUUUCAUCGUGAGAGACUGAGCUACACACCAGCAACCAGCUGCCCGAUACUUCUGGAUAAACGAGCAGAGAUCGUUCAGUGGAAUAUACAUUAGGUAGGAGGAUCGGUUCGGAGCUGAUUCCUCGGGAGAAAAAGAUCCUCCGCGUCCUCGGCAAGGAUCUCGCGAAAUCCGUCUCCUCUCUCUCUCUCUCUCUCUCUCUUUCAUCCCCGUUUAAUCUCGUCUCUGUUUCUGUCGCUCGGUUCUUCCUGGACGCGAUCGGUGAUCGGCUUGUGUUCCUUCCAGUGUUUCUUAUUUCCUUACCCAGGCCGGGUAAGGUUGCCGCUUCUUCUUCGUCCUUCUUCUCGGCGUCACGAACGAGGCUGCCUUCGUCGCGAACGAACGGUGAUACACGCGCGUUCAAGAAAGAGAAGACUCGUGCAGGACUCCGUAUAAAAGUGAAAACUUGUUUCUCCGGUGGUUGGUGGUACGGUUGCUUCGGACCUGCUUGGAUAUUUCGGACUACCAGCAAUUCGUCCUCGGAACACGAAUCGAAUACUGGACUCGACGUUCGAUCGGACGAACGAACGAGCAACAGCGUGCAUCAGUGGCGAGAACCCGUGAUGCCACCGCCGACGAGUCGUCGGAAUCGUUAGGAGAGGGCCUCGAAAAAUGGCCUCGAUCUUGGGAGACGGAACAGGCCCCGGAGGCUCGGGACCGUCCCGAUGCCUCUUGCUUCUACAAAGGUCCCUGGCGAUUCAACUGACCAGGGGUCCGCCUCCUCAGAUUCUGAACGCCAGCCAACGGGAGAGUCCCAAGGAGCAUCCAGCCGACGAGAUGUGGAUGUACGAUAAAGGCUACAAUUUGUUUCAGAGCUUUUUAGAGGCAAACUCGAAAUGUUGGUGGAACGCAGCUUUGGUGGACGCAACCCGGCAACUAAGGUACAAGGGUCACGUAGCACCUGGCGUAUUAAUGGUCGGUGGACCACCCUGUGCCCUCGAGGUAUUGAGGGCAGCCUGGGCUCGAAAUGUCCUGCGACCACCAGCCGAUCAUGCGAUCACCUGUCUGGGCGAUAUCGAGGAUUGCUUGGUUGCCCCAGUGGCCCAGGGACAAUUCACACCCCUGCCGGAAGCACUUUGCUGGGCCAUUCUCGAGUUAACUUCACAGAGGCAAGCGGCCACUCUGGACACGCUCAGAUCCGCGUUAAGGAACGCUUUUCCGGCCAUGCAGAGACCAAGUCGCGAGCUGGUCUACGAUGCACUCGCGAAACUGAUGCAAGAACGAAAGAUCUAUCACACCUCACAGGGAUACUUCGUGGUGACACCGGAAACCAGGAGGCUCAGACGCGAUUCUAGUAGUUCGAGGAGAUGCUCGAGGGAGGUGAGCGGAUCCAGAAGUCAGGGUAGCAUGCUCAUGUCCAACGACGAGGCUAUGGCGCUCGUACAUGGGGAAAUGCUCACCCUAAGGGAUGGCGACGUGACGCAUCAAGCUGUGCAAACGAAUCUGGCGGAUGUGAUAUGUGGAGGUAAUCCAAACGACAAAGUUCUGUUCGCAAGAUGUCGAUCGAUGCCAGGCCGCCUCGAAAGGCGACAUUCUCUACGACUUUGGGGAUCCGCCAGACGCUUGCACAGAAGCGGAAGUUCGCGGUCUCUGCCGCGAAGGCCGGAAAGAAGCGAUACUUCGUCGAGCGCGGAAUACGCGAGCACCGACAGCGCACCCCAUAGCCCAACCAAGAAGAUAGGUCUACUCUCCAGGCUGUUUCGACGCAGCACACGAAGGAAGGGUGCACCCUUAAUGGGCACGUUCAGCGCUCAGUAUCCUCCUACCGAGUGGUUCAAUCCUCGAGUCGUUCAUCUGCACAGUGUAGCAACUCAAACGAGAGCUGCAAGCCCGUCGAUGAUGGAGGGUCUAGAUCAAUCGCAGGCCAGUUUCCAAGUAUGGGACGAUUCGAGUUCCGUACGUUCAGCCACGUUACCUAGGCGACACCGACGCCAAGCUAGUGGCGAUUCCUCUAGUUUGUUGGCCAACUCGACGCCAAGGAGUUCCAGACGACAUCGAUCACCUUGCUCGACGCUGCCCAGAUCCAAGUGCUCCAGCCUGAGCAGAUGCACGUCCCGAGCAAGUGUCCUACCGCCGAGUACCAACCAGGAAUCGUAUCAGAGCCGCAAUCAAACGCAAAAUGGUAAAAAUUCGACCAACUCGUCGCCGAGUCGAAGCGGCGGAAGUUCCGGUUCCGUUCGCACCGCGAACGCGAGCCCUGCUAAGACCGCCACCCUAGGCAGAUCCAGUACGAGGCAAUCGAACUCGAGGAGACCGAGUCACGAUUCUACCGUCAGCGGAAUGAAAACGAACGGAUCACCUCAGCACAAGGUUUUGCAAAAGACAUCGUCCGGUCAUUCGUCUCACUCCAGUGGAAAAUCGAUUUCCAGCAGUAAACUAUCCUCGUCGCCGUUGAAAAUAUCCACGCUUCCGGCUAAAUCGUCGCCGUUGAAGGUGGUUCAACAAGGAUCCUUGACACCGUUGCAAGAGGCGCAAAAUUCCAUCACCCUACAGGUGUCGACUAAUCUAACACCGGUCAGUCCGUCGAAGGAACAACGGGCGAUUCAGAACAGCGUGACACUGGCAUCGAACGCAACCAGCACGACCACCAUAUCCGGUUCGCCGGGCACAAAGAUCUACGUGCAACAGAAUAACUCUCCCAUGAGAUCGGUGAUCACGUUCGAGAACGGCACGGUGAAGACGAAGCUCGCCGACAAGGAGACGCUCGAUUGCAAAGAAAAGCAAGACCGUGAACUGAUCGGCGAGAAAAUCUUCAAGAGCAAGAUAGACGAAGAGAAGCUAUUCAAGUCGAAGCUCGACGACGAAAAGCUGAACAAAUCGAGCAAAAUCGAACGUCCGUCGUCGUUGUACGCUUCCAAAGAAUCAAAACCGAGCCACCUGUUGUCGGAGUCCGACAAAGAGAACAAACCGAAAGUCGAGGAGGAAGUGCCUAACAAACUGAAGUUAACCAAUCGUUUGAACAACAGUCAAGCACACCUGAUCGACGGAUCGACCAACAAUAUCGACAAGAAUUCAUUGGUAAACGAGCACCCUACUUCUGCUCUGUCUAGCAUGAAGAACACCAACGAUGCCAUGAAUAAUUCACGAAAAUUGAGUUUGUCCUUGUCGAAAGACGCUUUAAGUUACAGAAACCUUCUUCGUCCAGAUUCGAAGAACAACAUCGCGUCUAAUCCACCUUCGCCCACUAAAUCGUUCGAUGGUUUCGGAGGCUCUUUCAACAAUGUUUACAUCGAGAAUCUCGAGAGUGCGAAACAGCAAAGAGCACCUCAAGGCUCGGAACCGAAUUUAGAAAAAACGGUUAGUCGAGGCGAUCUUUACUCGUAUCCGAGCUUAAGCGACAUGCAAGUACAGUUCACGAGUUUAGCUGCUCAGAAGAUUCUGAAGGGAUGCCCUAUCAACAGCGUGGACACCUUGGUCGAAGUAAACAUGGCCGCAGCGGAGAAGCCAAACAACUGCGACGUUACUGUUCAUACCGACUUUGGGCUCGUUUAAAGUUUUUCUUUCUUUCUUUCUUUUUUUUAAAUUUGUUUCGUACAGUGAAACGAUUGAACUUUAGCACGAUGAUGUCGCGGAGAAAUGCGUCGCGGUAGAAAUGUUACGCGGAAGAACGAGAGAACGUGCUGUACUGCUUAAGCAUAUAGAGAGCAUUGUAACAGUUACCAAUAAAUAAAAAAUUUGUUAUGUUCUCACGUACAUCGUACGGUCACAACGUUGUCUCUUAUACCCAAGAUAGUCAUACGAUUCGUUCAAUCACGAAUGACACGUGAAUAAUCAUCGGAAGUGAUUCUCGAGCACCGUGAUUCCAUUGAUCAUCUAUAUGCUUACGCGGCUGAACGUUCGAUAAGUAUCCCAAUGAAAGUGUUGUAUCGUAGAAAUAACAAUCGCCAUUCCACGGAUAGUAUUCGUUAACUUAAUCCUAACUAUUUCGAGCUUACCACUCAACACGACUUCCAUAAAACGCACAAGCAAUGUUACUUCGUUCGUGUAAACUCUAAGUCUGAACGCUCGUUGCAUUGUCGUUUGCGUUUUGUCAUUGAUGUUCAUUUCGCCUCAAUUCAAUCGGACCGGUACGCAAGAGAUAAUAAUAUUAAUUUUUCAUUAGACCUCGGAACAAUGCAUCGCGUGUAUCAGAUCUCAUCGUGCCUCCAUUUCUUGUUUCAAUCGAACGUAGUACGCAAAAGAAACUAUAAACGGGUACCACAGCGUCGUAACGUUGGCAGUUUUGCAUCGCUUUACCAAGCUAAAGCGAUUUGCUAAAGCAAUAUACUUCGCGCGUACGAUAGCCUGACAAUUUGCCUUAAUCGAACGAGAGAGAUAUAAAGGAGAGACGGAUGAUAUUUUAUGCGAAUCCAAAUACUGCCAAUAUCGUAGCGUCGACGUGUAGAAUAGCGGAUCAAUCUAAGGUAAAAACUCGUGAACGAUGUGCUAAAAUGGGCUAAUUUAACGAGCACCAUUCUAUAAAACGUCUAACGAUAUUUCGUUUCGGUUGAUAUGCCAAAGUAGAAAGUGGAAGCGUAGUGCAGCGAACUGUGCGUAAAAUUUAGACAUAGUCAGUGAAAUCGCGAACGAAAAAAAAUAUGAUACGAUUAAUUGAUUGAAAACGUAUUAAGAAUAACCAGGCUACGUAUAACUUCUAUGUUCAAAAUAUACAGAGAAUAUUUAUUAUAACAAUCGCCAUGAUUUUUUAAACGCUAAUGUUGCAAUUUGUUGCCGACCAUGUGUCGACUGUUAUAAUAAAUAUUCCGUAUUCUUGAUGUACUUUUUAUACGAUUACGAUAAGAAAUUCAAGGAAAAAAUUCGAUCGAAAAGAAUGUUCGUUUGCGAGGGAAGAACGAUCCAUUUGAAUCAAUUGUUGCGCAUGCGCAGAACGUCUAUACCGAAUGAAAUAGUCGUGACGCGAAAACCGAACAAACGAUCUGUGUAGCAAAAUCAUUAUGAUUCACAGUUUGUGCAAACAAAUAGGUGCAUUUCCCAAUUCAGGAAGUAAGCGGUACCAUUUUCUAAUUAGUGCAAUCGUAAAUCUAAGUGCCAAAACCGUUCAUAGUACUUAAAUCGCCUUAAACUGCUUGCAACGCGACCUCGUGGCGUGUCGCGGCAACGAGAAGUCGCGAUGUAAACGGAUUUACCGUUUAACAUUCGAAUCACAAUUAUUAACCUUAACGAUAAAAGAUAUAGUAAUCGUAAGACGGUAGGUAACUAGACACUGGUGACCGGUGUCUGCUUUGUAUAUUUCGUACGUUGUAUUACCGAUUAACACCGAUAGUAAUUUUCGAUACACCUCUACGUCUUCCAGUUUUCACGAAAACGGAAGGAUACGAGCCUUUUACGCCCUUAUUUCUUAUCAAAACUAACUUGUAGAGUACUAUUGUGUAAUCUUGCUCUAUCAUAAUUAUAACAACGAAAGCGUAUGAUAAUAAAGAAGGAAGAAAAAGUA